AUGCUACUCCCUAGCCAGGAGACAUUUCAGGACACAAAAACGGACACAAAGACAUCAACCGACUCCAUUCAUAAUUCUCAUGUGGAAAUCCCCGAAAGAGUGUGGCAUUCGGCCAAAGAUGAGAACAUAACAGAAAUCCAACAUCAAUGGAUCAACAGUUGGACAGAAACAAAUCCCUCCUGUGUUGAAGAACUGUUGACAGAUCGUUCCGGCGAAGAAUUUGUUCGGACCCACUAUCAGAAGGCAAGGCCUGAUAUUGUUCAGAUUUAUGAAUCCAUUCCAAUCCCGAUCUUGCGAGCAGAUCUUCUUCGUUAUUUGAUUGUCCUUGCAAAGGGCGGGUACUGGAGCGAUUUAGACGCCACUUCAGAAAAGUCAUUCUCUGAUUGGGUACCCGAAGAAUAUAAAGCUCACAAGAUUGAUAUGAUUGUUGGAUUGGAAUUCGAUUUGGAAUGGAGAGGAGCAGGACAAGAGGUUGCGUCUCAAUUCUGCAACUGGGUAUUCGCGGCUCGACCGUCAUCACGCAAUCUUCAAGUGGUAGUUGAUGCCGUCCUCAAACAGUUAAAAGACAUUGCCGAGGCAAACGACGUGCCAAUCUCAAAGAUCACUCUGGAGAUGCUUUCGGAUGUUGUCAACGUGACUGGGCCUAAGAUUAUGACCAUUGCCAUCGUGGAUGGCCUCACACAACUUUUGGGCAGAACAGUUGACGAUCGUGACUUUUCGGGCAUCAAACAUCCAAAAUUGGUGGGUGAUGUCUUGAUUAUGCCAGGGAAUUCAUUUGCAGCAGCUCAGAACGGAUAUCCGACAGAUCAAAGCGAUGUUCUAGUGACCCAUCACUAUGAGGGCUCGUGGAAGCAGGCGGAUGCAGAAGCGAAAGAAAGAAAAAAGCAGCAAUCGCAAUCAACGCGUUGA